UAUUUAUGGACAGGAACAGGUUGAAAGAACAAGGCAAAGGGUGCAAAUGCAAUGGAAUGGUUGAGAGUUGAGAUGCCCCGUUUCUGCAUUUUAAUUUAUUUCCCCCUCUUCUUUUUUCUCACUUUCUUCAUCUUUUUUCCCUCCAAGGAAAUUACCCACUACCCUCCUCCUUUCCUUAUUUCCACUAUCAAAGAAAACCACACAAAUAUAACCUCUCCCUCACCACCUCAACAAUUUUCCAACUUUACUUCUGCAGAUCAAACCUACAAUCUUAAUAACACUGUUUUAAGUCCCUCUAUAAAGAAAUUCCCUAGUUUGGAGAAACUAGAAGAAGGUUUAGCACGAGCACGAGCCUCAAUUCAUGAAUCUACACGAUCAAGGAACUAUACUUCACCCAAGAGAGAAAAUUUUGUCCCCAAAACAUCCAUUUACUGGAACCCUCGUGUGUUUCAUCAGAGCCACGAAGAGAUGUUGAAGAGAUUGAAGGUGUGGGUUUAUGAAGAGGGAGAGCAACCAUUAGUGCAUGAUGGACCCGUAAAUGAUAUAUACGCCAUUGAAGGGCAAUUUAUGGAUGAAAUGAAUAAUUAUGAUAAGUGGGGCCACUUCAGGGCUAGACAUCCUAAUCAGGCACACGUUUUUUUCAUUCCCUUUAGUAUAGCUAACGUUGUUCACUUUGUUUACAAGCCUAUUCGAAAGCAUUCAGACUAUGAACCUAUUCGCUUGCAACGCUUGGUGGAAGAUUAUAUUAGAGUUAUUGCAUACAAGUAUCCUUAUUGGAAUAGAACUGAAGGUGCAGACCAUUUUUUACUAUCAUGUCAUGAUUGGGGUCCGAAAGUUUCGUAUGGCAAUCCUAUACUCUUUAAGAGCUUUAUGAGGGUACUUUGCAAUGCUAAUACUUCUGAAGGAUUCAAACCUAACAAAGAUGUGUCUAUCCCCGAAGUUUAUUUGCCGAAAGGAAAGCUAGGUCCACCCAAUCUAGGACAACAUCCAAACGACCGCACCAUUUUAGCUUUCUUUGCUGGAAGAGAACAUGGUGAAAUUCGAAAAAUAUUGCUGAAUCAUUGGAAGAACAAAGAUAAUGAUGUCCAAGUUUAUGAAAAUCUUCCAAAGGGUAAAGACUACACCAAAUUAAUGGGACAAAGCAAGUUUUGCUUGUGCCCCAGUGGGUAUGAAGUUGCAAGUCCUAGAGUGGUGGAAGCGAUUCAUGCGGGGUGUGUGCCCGUCAUAAUUUCUAGUAAUUACUCUCUACCCUUUACUGAUGUGUUGAAUUGGAGUCAAUUUUCAGUGGAGAUUCCUGUGGAGAAAAUACCAGAAAUCAAGACUAUAUUGCAAAGUGUUUCGAAGAAGAAGUAUUUGAAAUUGCACAUGAAUGUUUUGAGAGUUCGAAGGCAUUUUAUGAUUAAUCGACCAGCAAAACCAUUCGACUUGAUGCAUAUGAUACUUCACUCAAUCUGGAUAAGAAGGCUAAACCUUAACUUUAUUGGUUCAAAAUAAAUUCUUUUUUUUUUUCCUCAUAGCUAGUUGUAUUUUUAUCGUAAACACCAAAUGGUAAUUACAAAUAUGUUGGUGUUUCAUCUGAUUUAAAAGAUUAGCUCACCAAUUUAGUUCUAAAAUUGUAAGGUCGGUUAAAUUAGUUUUGAAAUUAAUAGAAUUG